UUUCCGGAGGCGGUCAGCUGACUCCGGAGCGUCCUGUCCCGCUGUCCCCGUAGUUCAAGAACGUCUUUGGCUCUUUUCCGCGGAGCACCGACUCGGACCGAGCCUGAACUGACCCGGACCUAUCCCGAGCCGGACUGAGCCAUGCCGUCGCUGCUGUUCUGCGGGCCUAAGAUGGCGGCCUGCGGGAUCGUGAUCAGCAUCUGGGGGGUUAUAAUGCUGGCGAUGCUCGGGAUCUUUUUCAGCGCCAAAUCUGCCAUUCUGAUCGAAGACGUGCCCUUCACUGAGGAAGACAUCCGCGACGAUCGGGAGCCUCCUCAGAACAUUUACCGGCUGUACUCGCAGGUGGCCAUCAACUGCUUCAUCGCGGCGGGGAUCUACGUGGCGGUCGGAGCCGUGUCUCUGUGUCAGGUGCGCUUGAACAAGCGUCAGGAGUACAUGGUGACAUAAACAAUCACGACCUCUGACCUCUCCACGGCCCCAGCACUGACCCCUGAGCGCCACCGACCUGACCACGCGCCGCCAUUUUGAUUUGAGUCUUAUCCACUGUCACAUUCUUAGUCCUGAUAUGAGGAGGUCAUAUUUUACGGCUGGAAUAAUUCAUCAUAUCGUGUUUAUAACGACCUGUGCUGGCUCCUGAUUGGUCUGUGUUUCCAGAGCUGGGUCCUGAUUGGUUGGUGUGUUCUGUGCUGGCUUCUGAUUGGUUGUGUGUUGAAAGUGAUUAUUUAUUGUUUAAGUGUCGUGUCAUUCCAAACUGUAAUUUUCUGUUUUUAUUCAGAGGUUGAGGUGAAAUGGUGAAAUGUAAUAAAGUCUGUGAUUGAAACAAA